AUGGAUCCCCUGGGCCCGGCCAAGCCACAGUGGUCGUGGCGCUGCUGUCUGACCACGCUGCUGUUUCAGCUGCUGGUGGCUGUGUGUUUCUUCUCCUAUCUGCGUGUGUCUCGAGACGAUCCCACUGUGUACCCUAAUGGGUCCCACUUCCCAGACAGCACAGGGACCCCCGCCCACUCCAUCCCCCUGAUCCUGCUGUGGACGUGGCCUUUUAACAAACCCAUAGCUCUGCCCCGCUGCUCAGAGAUGGUGCCUGGCACGGCCGACUGCAACAUCACUGCCGACCGCAAGGUGUAUCCACAGGCAGACGCGGUCAUCGUGCACCACCGAGAGGUCAUGUACAACCCCAGUGCCCAGCUCCCACGCUCCCUGAGGCGGCAGGGGCAGCGCUGGAUCUGGUUCAGCAUGGAGUCCCCCAGCAACUGCCGGCACCUGGAAGCCCUGGACGGAUACUUCAAUCUCACCAUGUCCUACCGCAGCGACUCCGACAUCUUCACGCCCUACGGCUGGCUGCAGCCGUGGUCCGGCCAGCCUGUCCACCCGCCGCUCAACCUCUCGGCCAAGACCGAGCUGGUGGCCUGGGCGGUGUCCAACUGGGGGCCAAACUCCGCCAGGGUGCGCUACUACCAGAGCCUGCAGGCCCAUCUCAAGGUGGACGUGUACGGACGCUCCCACAAGCCCCUGCCCCAGGGGACCAUGAUGGAGACGCUGUCCCGGUACAAGUUCUAUCUGGCCUUCGAGAACUCCUUGCACCCCGACUACAUCACCGAGAAGCUGUGGAGGAACGCCCUGGAGGCCUGGGCCGUGCCCGUGGUGCUGGGCCCCAGCAGAAGCAACUACGAGAGGUUCCUGCCGCCCGACGCCUUCAUCCACGUGGACGACUUCCAGAGCCCCAAGGACCUGGCCCGGUACCUGCAGGAGCUGGACAAGGACCACGCCCGCUACCUGAGCUACUUUCGCUGGCGGGAGACGCUGCGGCCUCGCUUCUUCAGCUGGGCACUGGCUUUCUGCAAGGCCUGCUGGAAACUGCAGCAGGAAUCCAGGUACCAGACACGCAGCAUAGCGGCUUGGUUCACCUGA